ACUUGAAAUUUGACUUAUUUAUAGGAACGUGCCCGUCAACGAUAAAUAUUUUAUUUCGAAAAUGCAGUUAAUGCCAUUACUGCUAGUUGUUAUUUGUUGUGGCAGUAUUCCUACUGCCCUAGGUCAGAAGGAUAAUCAUUUCGCUUCUGGUAGGAACACAAUCGUUCAUCUGUUCGAAUGGCAUUGGGAUGCGAUCGCUGCCGAAUGCGAAAAUUUCCUGGGGCCCAAUGGAUUUGCUGGAGUACAGGUAUCACCACCGAAUGAAAACUCCGUUAUAGGAGAUCGACCAUGGUGGGAGAGGUACCAACCGGUGAGUUACGCUAUAAACACCCGAUCCGGAGACGAAUCCUCAUUCGCCAAUAUGGUGCAACGUUGCAAUAACGCCGGAGUGAGAAUCUACGUAGACGCUGUAUUCAAUCACAUGUCGGCGACAUCCGGUAGCGGUACGGCGGGAAAUACAUGCGAUAUAGGAUCGUUGUCUUAUCCUGCGGUGCCGUUCGGUUCGGGCGAUUUCCAUUCGAGUUGCGACAUAAAUAAUUAUCAAGACGCCAACAAUAUCAGAAACUGUUGGUUGAGCGGUCUGCCGGAUUUGGAUCAAAGCAAGGAUUACGUCCGUCAGAAGAUCGUGGAAUUUUUGAACCAUUGUGUGGAUUUGGGGGUGACGGGAUUCAGAGUCGACGCGGCUAAGCAUAUGUGGCCGGCGGAUUUACAAGCCAUCUACGGUAGCGUCAAGGAUCUAACGGGAGGCGGAAGACCUUUCUUUUACCAAGAGGUCAUCGAUAUGGGUGGCGAGGCCGUUUCCAGAGACGAAUAUACCGGAUUCGGGGACGUGUUGGAAUUUAGGUUCGGUAACGAAUUGGGAAGGGCUUUUCAAGGUCAAAAUCCGUUGCAUUAUUUGGAAACUUGGGGGACGACGUGGGGAUUGUUGGACGGAUCCGAGGCGGUCGUUUUUAUAGAUAAUCACGAUACGCAAAGGGGCGAUAACGGCAAUAUUUUAACGUAUAAAAAUUCUAAACCGUACAAGAUGGCGAUCGCUUUCAUGUUGGCGCAUCCUUAUGGGGUGACUACUAGGAUUAUGUCGAGUUAUUACUUCGACGGUCAUGAUCAGGGUCCGCCGGGUGAACAGCCUGGUUUCAACGAUGACGGUAGUUGUACCAACGGUUGGGUUUGUGAACAUCGCUGGAGGCAAAUAUACAAUAUGGUGGCGUUUAGGAACGUCGUUGAGGGGACGAGUUUGACCAAUUGGUGGAGCGAUCAAAAUCAACAGAUAGCUUUCGGUAGGGGGGACAAAGGUUUCGUUGCUUUUACCUUGCAGGGGGAUAUCAAUCAAAGUUUGCAAACUUCCUUACCGGCUGGUACUUAUUGUGACGUUAUUACCGGUAAUUUGGAAAACGGUUCUUGUACAGGGAAGAGUGUUAGUGUCGACGGGAGCGGUAUGGCUUCCAUUUCUUUGUCUUCGAACGAUGACGAUGGGGUUUUGGCUAUACACGUAAACGCCAAACUUUAAUUAGGAAAAUAAUAUACAUAUA